CGAGGGGCGGGGCUUGCGGGAAGGUAACAGGUUGCGGUGGCUGCGGCGGGAGCGGCGGUUCCCGGAAUUCCGGCCCCGCCCCGGCCCCGGCUCCGCUGCCCUUUGGCCACCUGGAAAAAUUCCCGAUUUUCCGCCGGCGCCGCUCCCUGCUCAGAGGCAUGGCGGAGAAACCGAUGGAUCACGGAGUCCAGAUCCGAUUUAUCGACGAGCUGGGGGAGCCGCCGCGGCCGCCGCGGGCCAGGACGGGCUCGUACGGGGUGGCCGUGCGGGUCCAGGGCAUCGGGGGCCAGCCCUUCGUCCUCCUCCGCAGCGGCCGCCGCGACAGCUUCGGGGUGCAGAUCCCAACGGGAAGAUCCCAAAAUCCCGGAUGGAGAGAGACGGGGGAGAGCGGGAACGGGGGGAUGGAGAAGGAGGGAAAAAUCCCGGAGUUUUCGGAUCAUGGAAAUCCACCGGGAUCGCGGAAAAUCCCGGGAUUUUUGGGUCAGGAGAAUCCACCAGGAUCCCGAAAAAUCCCGGAAUUUUUGGGUCAGGAGAAUCCACCAGGAUCCCGAAAAAUCCCGGAAUUUUUGGGUCAGGAGAAUCCACCGGGAUCCCGAAAAAUCCCAGAAUUUUUGGAUCAGGAGAAUUCGGAUGGGACGAGGAAAAUCCCGAAAUUUUUAGAUCAUGGAACUCCACCGGGAUCCCGAAAAAUCCCGGAAUUUUCCGAUCAGGAGAAUUCGGAGAGGACGCGGAAAAUCCAGGAAUUUUCAGAUCAGGAAUAUUCGGAUGGGACGCGGAAAUUCCCAAGAUUUUCGGAUCGUGGAAAUCCGCAGGGAUCGCGGAAAAUCCCGGAAUUUUUGGAUCAGGAGAAUCCACCAGGAUCGUGGAAAAUCCCAGAAUUUUUGGAUCAGGAGAAUCCACUGGGACGACGAAAAAUCCCGGAAUUUUUGGAUCAGGAAAAUUCGGAUGGGACGAGGAAAAUCCCGAAAUUUUCGGAUCAGGAAAUUCCAGAGGGGUCCCGGAGCGCCCCAAAAUUCAGGGAUGAGGAAAUUCCCGGCGGAUUUUGCGGGAUCCCGAAAUUUUCGGAUCAGGAAAUUCCAGAGGGGUUCCGGAGCGUCCCCAAAUCCUGGGAUGAGGAAAUUUCUGGUGGAUCUUGGGGGAUCCCCAAAUUCCCGGAUGGGGAAAAAUCCUGGGAUGCCCCAAAACCUUCGGAUCAACACCUGGAAAUCCCGAAAUCCUCGGAGGAGCUGCGGCGCUCGCGAUCCCACGGUGACCUCACGGCGCCUUUCCCUAAAAACGGGAAAAACCCGGGAAAAACGGACGGGGAAAUUCCCAAAAUUCCCAAAAAAAUUCCGGGAAUUCCCGGGGACGUGGACACGGAGCCGCUGGGAUCCGUGGAUUCCCUGAUCACCAAAUUUGACGGGAAUUUUUCCCGGGGGAGAGCGGCCCGGAGGCUCCGGGCGGCUCCCAGGAAGCGCUCGCAGAGUUUGGACGCGCGGAAUUCCCGGGAAUCCGUCGGGAAUUCCCGGGAAUCCGCCGGGAUCCGGCCCCAAAUUCCACAAAUUCCCGGCGGAUUCGGGGAUGUGGAGGAGCAGAGCGUGGGAAUGCAGCUGAAAUCCACCCCGGAUCUGCUGCGGGAUCAGCGGGAAUUGGGGGGCGGCGAAAACCCCACGGAGCUCAUCUACAGCAUCCUAAAGGAGGGGAGCUCCGAGAGCGAAAUUUCCCUGAAAAGGAAAAGUUCGAGGCUGCUGCAAAAAUUCCGGGAGCUGGCGAACUCCUCGGGGGCUCCGGAGUCGCCCCAAUCCCAAAUCCUGCGGGGGGCCCUGGACAGGAAAUCCCAGGAGCUGCAGCGGAGCCUGGCCCAGCUGAGCGAGCUGAGAGCCACCAAGGAGGCGCUGGAGGCUCGGCUGGGCCACCUGGAGGGGCAGCUGCUGGCCAAGGACCCCAAAAGUGACCCCAAAAGUGACCCCAAAAGUGACCCCAAAAGCGACCCCGAGACACUGGGACUCUACCAGGAACUCCGGGAAUUCCGGGAAUGCCGCUGGAAGCAGGAGCGGGAGCUGGCGGCGCUCAAGGGGGCCCUGAAGGACGAAGUGGCCGCUCACGAUCGGGACCUGGAGCGGCUCCGGGGGGAGCUGGAGAGGAGCCGGGAACAGCUGGAGACGCUCUCCCAGGAAAAAUCCAACCUGGAGCAGGAACGGGAAAAUCUGGGAAUUCUCCUCCGGAAUGUGCGGCGGGAGCUGGAGGAGAGCUCGGAGGAGACGGAGCAGUGGCGGGAAAUGUUCCAGAAAAACAAGGAAGAGCUCCGGAAUUCCAAGCAGGAGUUGCUGCAGGCGAGGUUGGAACGGGAGGAAUUCGAGGAAGAGCUCCGGGAGCUCCGGGAGCGAUUCCAGGCUCGGGAGGGUCGGGAUCGGAGCAACCCCGAGGAGCUGCAAAAGCUCAGGAAGGAGGUUUCCAGUCGGGAUCUGGAGCUGGAGAAGCUUCGGAAGGUUCUGGAAAAGCUCCGGGAGGAGGAGGAAGAGGCUGCCAAGGCUCGGAUUUCCCUGGAAUCUUCCCUGGAGGCGUCGGAGGAGGCGCGGAAAGUUCUGGAAUCGCGGCUGGAGGAAUUCCAGGCUCAGCGGGAAAAUUGGGAAAAGCUCCAGGAGAAAGUGGCGGCUCUGGAGGAGGAGCGCGAAACCCUUCAGAAUUCCCUGAAAUCUUUCCGGGAUCGGGAGCGGGAGCUGCGGCUCCGUGGGAAUUCCCUGGAAUCUCAACUGGAGGAAUCGAGGUUGGAAUUGCGGGAUUUGGGAUCGGAGCUGAACCGGGAACGGCUCCAACGGGAAAAACUCCAGGAAGCCAAAGCUGAGCUCCAGGAGAGGCUCAGCAAGGAGCUGGAGCAGAUGACGGAGGAAUCCCAGAAUUCCUUGGCCUCGCUCCGAUCCCAACUGGAAGAAUUCCAGGAAAAAUCCCGGCGGGAACUCACGGAUUCCCAAAAAAUCGCCCAAGAGCGCGAGGCCGAGGCGGAAAAAUUCCAAGAAAACCUCGGGAAGCUGCAGGAUGAGGUUUCGCGGCUGAAGGAGACGAUCCAGGAAAAUCGGGAAGAGCGGGAUCGGAUCCUGCUGGAUAAGGAGCUGCUGAUCCAGAGGUUCCAGGAGCUGGAGGAGGAGCUGGAAAAUCGGAAGCGAUCCCAGGAGGAGCGAAGCCGGAAUUCCAAAGCGUUGGAGGAAAAAUCCAAACGUUUGGAAUUGGAGCUGGACGAGGAGCGGAGCUCGGUGGAGCUGCUGAGCGAGAGGGUGGCCAGGAGCCGCGAUCAGAUCGAGCAGCUCCGGGCUGAGCUGCUCCAGGAGCGUUCGAGCCGCCAGGACCUGGAAUGCGACAAAUCCUCCCUGGAGCGCCAGAAUAAGGAGCUGAAGAACCGGCUGGCGGCUUCCGAGGGGCAGCAGAAACCCGGGAAUGUUCGGAAUUCCCAGCUGGAAUCGCAGCUGGAAGAGCUCCGGGAUCGGCUCCAGGCUGAGGAGAGGGAGAAGAGCGUCCUGCUCUCAUCCAACCGGAAGCUGGAGAGGAAGAUGAAGGAAUUGUCGCUGCAGUUGGACGAGGAGCGGCGCAGCAGCGACAGCCAAAGGGAUCAGCUGAGCCUGCGGGUGAAGGCCCUGAAGCGUCAGGUGGACGAAUCCGAGGAGGAAAUCGAACGCUUGGAAAACGCCCGGAAAAAAUCCCAGCGGGAUCUGGAGGAGCAGCAGGAGCUGAACGAGCAACUCCAGAGACGCCUGAAAUCCAUGGAAAAGGAAGCCUGGCGCCGGGCCGUGGAUUCCGCGCUCCAGGACGAGCGGCUGAGCUCGGAUGAGGAAUUCGGAUCGGCCGCCUUCGCCUCCCUCCUGAGCGAGGCCAACCUGCAGGCCAGCUCCUGCUGAGCCCGGAAUGCCGGGAAUGACGGGAAUGACGGGAAUUCUGGGAAUGAUGGGAAUGACGGGAAUGACGGGAAUGCCAGGAAUGACGGGAAUGACGGAAA